AUGAUGAAUCUCUAUUUGGCUUUUUUGAUUAUGUUUUGUAUUACUGCAGGCAGUUCGGGUCAGCGUCAUGAUCAAGCCAAAUUUGUUGAUGGAGGUAGAUUAGCUGAACGCAAGCUGCAACGACCUCAUUCCACUGAACCAAUAUCGUACAAUAUUCAAUCAGACCAGCAUGUCCCGAAAAAGAAAAUAUCUAAGGCUAAGCACAAGCAAUUCCUUCAAGGUCUGCUCAAGGCAGAGAAUAAGUUAAAAAGUAACUUGAAGGAAAUUGCAAAACAACGUAGUUAUGUACAGAGGAGAAUACAACGAGAACAGAAGAGACUAGUUAAACUCCAAAUUAAACAGAAACGUGUAAUAAAAACGACUCCAGAAUUACACACACUUGAGGAAAAAGACCGGAAGCUUAUUGCGCGUGAAAAGCGUCUCCUGGGUAAAAUAAAGGGUGUGCAAAAGAAAAUUUGUCCAGAAAAGGAAGUAGUGGUGCUGUAUGUUAGUGUAGCAGUAUCGGCUGUUUUUGUGAUCAUUUUGAUUACCAGUACAGUUUUGUACUUCACGCUGUUUCAAGGUCGAUGUGGUAUUAAAAAAAAGGAUGAAGAAAUUUCCAUAGAUUCGAAAUAUCAGGAGGAAUAA